AUGUCAGAUUGGAAAACCAACCUAAAUGUUCCUGCGAAGGACACCAGAGUUCAAACAGAAGACGUGUUAACGACACACGGCAAAACUUUCGAGGAUUUUAACUUGAAGAGAGAAUUGUUAAUGGGCAUCUUUGAAGCUGGUUUCGAGAAGCCCUCCCCAAUUCAAGAAGAGUCCAUUCCUAUGGCCCUUGCAGGCAGAGAUAUUUUGGCUAGAGCCAAGAAUGGUACAGGUAAAACCGCGUCUUUCGUGAUUCCUUCCUUGCAACAAGUGAAGCCUAAGCUUAAUAAAAUCCAGGCCUUGAUCCUUGUCCCCACCAGAGAAUUGGCCUUGCAGACCUCCCAGGUCGUCAGAACCUUGGGCAAGCAUUUGGGCAUUCAGUGCAUGGUAACCACCGGUGGUACCAACUUGCAAGACGACAUUUUGAGAUUGAACGAAACCGUCCACGUUCUCGUGGGUACCCCAGGCCGUGUUUUGGAUUUGGCCUCGAGAGAUAUCGCCGACUUGUCUGAAUGUCCUCUUUUCGUUAUGGAUGAGGCCGACAAGAUGUUGCUGAGAGAGUUCAGAAACGUCAUUGAACAGAUUCUUUCAUUUUUCCCCGCUGGCAGACAGUCGCUCUUAUUCUCCGCUACCUUCCCCUACGCCGUCAAGUCUUUCAUGGACAAGCACUUGACGAAGCCUUAUGAGAUCAACUUGAUGGACGAGUUGACCUUGAGAGGUAUUUCUCAAUUCUACGCUUUCGUUGAGGAAAAGCAAAAGUUGCACUGCUUGAACACUCUUUUCAGCAAGUUGCAAAUCAACCAGUCCAUUAUCUUCUGUAACUCCACUAACAGAGUCGAGUUAUUGGCCAAAAAGAUCACGGAGUUGGGUUACUCGUGUUACUACUCCCACGCUAAAAUGCCACAGUCCGCUAGAAACAAGGUUUUCCACGAAUUUAGACAGGGCAAGGUCCGUAACUUGGUAUGUUCCGACUUGUUGACCAGAGGUAUCGAUGUGCAAGCCGUCAACGUCGUCAUCAACUUUGACUUCCCCAAAACCGCCGAGACAUACUUGCACAGAAUCGGUCGUUCAGGAAGAUUCGGCCACUUGGGUUUGGCCAUCAACUUGAUGUCCUGGAAUGACAGAUACAACUUGUACAAGAUCGAGCAAGAGUUGGGCACUGAGAUCAAGCCUAUUCCAGCCAACAUCGACAAGUCUCUUUACGUCAACGAGAACGAGGAGACAAUCCCUAAGCCAUUCAAGCUUGACGAGUUGCCCAAGACCAAGGAUUCCAGAAAGAACGGCUACGAGUACCAAGGUCAGCCGCAAGUGCCCCAAGGUGUGCCACAAGGUAUUCCUCAACAACUCCCUCCUCAGCAGUUCCAACAAGUACCAGUUCCACAGCAACAACAGCAGUCACAGACGCCGCAGCAGCCUCAACAGCCACCACAGGGCCAUCAAUUUAACGGCCAGCAGGCUCCACAAGGCAUGCCCCAAUACCCUCAAUACGGUCAGUUCCCACCGCAAUACGGUUACCCACCCCACAUGCAAGGACCACCUCAGUUUAACGGUCACCCACAGCAAUUCAAUGGCCAGGCUCAGAAACAAUAG